AUGAGCACCCUCAAGGACUCCAAGAAAGUGAACUCACCAGAAUCAGAUAUGUCCACUGGAAAGACCCAGACCCACACUCCCCAGCGGAGCACCAAGCCCCAAUUGAAGAAAGAUGAGUUGGAGAAGAUUGCCAAGGAGUUGAAGCAAAAGCUCUCCAAGGCCUCUGUCACAGCCAAACAGCUGAUGUCCUCCCACGCGUCUUCGAAGGUGCAGCCUCCGGAAUCUCCAGUGUCUCAGACGUCGUUGCCCAAGUCGAGCCCUUUGAAGAGUUAUUACAUGUGGAAACGCCAAAUGGUCUCGCAGCACUCUCCAAACACUACGCUGUCCCCCAGCUUGGUGUCUCCAGACGGCAGACUGCCCACACUGACGAAGCCAUCGAUGUUUUUGGCUAGUCUGCCCAACAAGGCUUCAAGGAAAGCUUCAACAAGUACAAUAAACGAAGAUGAGCUCAAUGACUCACCACUUAAGAGAAGAAGAGCCACUAGUGGUGCUGCUAUCAAGAGUGGUCCUCCACAAAUGGUGUUGAAGGAAAUCAAUGGCGGGCCGGAGACUCCUGGGGACACGUCUUCAAAGUCGCUCAAUCCUUCGCCUGUGCUUACGGCCAAUCCACUGAAGGGGAACACUCAGUCAAGCUCCCAGUCGAAUCCAAAAACUACGCCGACGUUACCGAAGAAGCUGCUCUCAUCUGCGCAGUCUCAGUCCUCUCUUCUUAAGACUCCCACACAAUCAAGACGCGCCUCGGUAUACAACGAUGACGAAGGCGCCGAUCUUCUUAUGUACUUGGCUACGUCUCCCUCGCCUGCCAAACCUGCCUACUCUAAUACUCCAAGAGCUUCUACAGCACCAAACGGCUCGGCAAACCACAACUUUCUCAUGGCGAAACCUUCGUCCAAUGGUGCUCUGUUCAUUUCACCACCACCGCCCCUUACGCCAAAGAGGCCACUUCAUUCAACUGCAAAGACUCCUCAGAACAGAUUAACCCCAUCAUUGGGACUCUCGGGGGGUGCUGGAGUGCCUGGUAGUGCACUCCCUUCUGCUGGCUUGGCUCUAACUCCUGCUGGAUUUAAUAUGGGAGAUUAUGUCAACUUCUUCACACCUUCACCAGGCGGUGCACAAACAGGGCAACCGAACCAACUGGCAAAUAGGAACUUGCUUCGAACGCCUGACUUUGUGGGACUAAUGCAUCAAAAGACUCGCGUUGACGGCAAGAUGAUCAACUUUGACAAAGUUGGCUUGUUUGGCUCUCAGCCAAACCCCGAAUCUUCCAAGGAAUAG